CUUGGCAAUCCACCCACCCACCCCCUCGACGACGCAUGAACAUCUUCCAGCGCAACAAGACGUUCCGUCCAAAGAAGACGUACAACAAAGGCACGAAGCGCCAUGACCUGCACAAACGCGCCAAGGCGACACUGGGCGGAGGGGACAUGCGUGCAGCAGUCAAGCUGCCCGACAACGAAGACGUGAACGAAUGGCUCGCUGUCAACACGGUGGACUUUUUCAACGAAAUCAGCAUCGUAUAUGGGACCGUGCUCGAAUUUUGCAACAAGGAAUCGUGUCCGAUCAUGUGUGCCGGUCCAAAGUUUGAAUACCUGUGGAAAGACUCGAAAGAGUACAAGACACCUGCGAAACUGCCGGCCCCCGACUACAUUGACAUGCUCAUGAGUUGGGUAGAAGAGCAGCUGAACGACCAAACGCUGUUCCCGUGCAACGAAGAGACGCCGUACCCCCGCGGGUUUAUCGCGGCCGUCAAGAACAUCUUUCGCCGCCUCUUUCGAGUGUAUGCACACGUGUACUACUCGCACUUUGACAAGAUCGUCAACCUCGGCGCGGAAGCGCACUUGAAUUCGUGUUUCAAGCACUUUAUCUACUUUGUCACAGAGUUCGACCUCGUCGACGUGCGCGAGCAAGAGCCGCUCAAGGACCUCAUUGCCAACUUGGCCGGAUAAUAAUCCUCGACCACACUGUAUCGCACAAAGUUAAACACCGCCAAACAACGUCAUUACGUACUUGUACAUGCAUUAUUAGUGUGUGAACAUUCUCCUGGGUGCAUAUCGCCAUCGUCGUGGUGACUUACUACCUGCGACGUUGUUGUGCCGGUUCAUAACCUAUAUCGCAUGCAUCAGUGUCGAAGGGAUUCCCAUCGACGGUCCCUCGAGCGGUGCUUCUUCCACCGACUUCAACCAGCGAUACAGUGUACACCUUGUCACGGUAUAGGGUGGUGGAGCUACCAGAAGGCACGAGAACGUCGUCAUGUUGGCCCAUACUUCGAGCCACGGCGAGCUGCACCGCGGCGGUGAUCGUGCGAUACCAGACAUCCAAGUUCUCGUCG